UCCAUCAAAUAAACACCAAAUCUAAUUUUAUUUAUUUAUUAUUAUUUUUUGGUAGCAUUUCUUGAUCCAGCUCUGAUCUGCUAACCCUUUUAUAGCCCUUUUACCUCUCCCUAAAAUUCCCCAUCCAAUAAUUAGGUGGUCUCAUUAGCUACUCUCUCACUGAAUUUCUUUUGAAAUCAUUAGCUUCAGCUUUGGUAAUGGCGAGUGCAGAAUUUGGCGCCCUGGCUCAGUCGUCGCCUCCGUCCACCCUGCCCCAGUAUCCGGAGAUGAUUAUGGCAGCAAUUAAAGGUCUGAGCGAGAAGAUGGGGUCAAAUAAAUCGUCGAUCUCGAAGCAUAUCGAGGCAACCUAUGGCAACCUGCCGCCGGCGCACUCCACGCUGCUCACCCACCACCUCAACCGGAUGAGAUCCACCGGCCAGCUGCUCUUUGUCAAGAACAACUACCUCAUACCCGACCCGAACGCGCCACCGCGCCGCGGCCGCGGCCGUCCCCCGAAGCCCAAAACCCCUCUGCCGCCCGGCAGCGUCCCCCACGCGCCGCGCCCGCGUGGUCGGCCACCGAAAUCCGCGCUAGAUCCGACAUCUCCGCCGCAGCCUCCCAAACCCAAGGCGGCGGGUACGCUAUCUGGGAAGAAACGUGGCCGGCCGCCGAAGGCUGCCGCCGGGGGUGGGGCUCCGGUGCGUCCUCCGGCCACCGAAGGUGUACCUCGCGGGCGUGGGAGACCGCCGAAAGUGAAGGCAGCUGCGACUGCGCCUGUGGGGGCUUGAUUGAAUGAUGACAAUUAGUAUAGGGGCUUUAGUGCUAAUUUAUUGUUCUUCCUUUUAAAAUUUAUUUAGUUUAAGGUUAUUUGUAGUUGGAGUUUAAUUUAGGGUUGGUGGGUGGCAAGCGGAUGAUUGUUGUAACUUUGCUGUAAAUUGAAUGGCGACUUGUGAGGCUGAAAUGAUUAUGUGAUCCAAAAACUAGAGUUCCUUUUCAUA